CCCGUGAGACAACUCACACUACGCGUUCCCCAAACCCACGCCUAUAAAAAUUCAGGCACGACGUCCUUUGUCCUUCACUCUAUAUAUUCCUCCUAUACUUGCGCAACUUUUCUCUAAAUUUACAAAACAGAGUCCUUAUAUAUAUAUAUAUAUAUUUGUUGCUAAAAUGGGAAGUGAAGGUACCAUUCAGAGGAAACCCAGAUUUCUUUGCCUUCAUGGGUUUCGAACAAGUGGAGCAAUUCUUAAGAAACAAAUUUUUGAUAAAUGGCCAACUCAAGUGGUGGACAAAUUAGAUCUUGUUUUUGUUGAUGCACCUUUCCCCUCUCAGGGAAAAUCUGAAGUUGAAGGCAUCUUUGACCCUCCCUAUUACGAGUGGUUCCAAUUCAAUAAGGAAUUUACGGAGUAUGAGAAUUUUGAUAAAUGUCUUGAAUACAUAGAAGAAUGUAUGAUUAAGCAUGGACCUUUCGACGGUCUUCUUGGUUUCUCCCAGGGGGCAAUUCUUUCUGGAGCAUUAUCUGGAUUGCAGGAUAAGGAAGUGGGACUUACAAAGGUGCCAAAAAUAAAAUAUCUGAUAAUAAUUGGAGGUGCUAAAUUUCAGAAUAAAUCAGUGGCCGAAAAAGCUUAUUCAUCAGCAAUUACAUGCCCUUCUCUUCACUUCUUAGGUGAGCAAGAUUACCUAAAGAAGUAUGGGAUAGAACUGUUGGAAUCAUGUGUUGAUCCAGUGGUCGUUCAUCAUCCUAAGGGCCACACUAUACCAAGAUUUGAUGAGAAAGGAUUAGAGUCCAUGCUUAGUUUCAUUGAGAAGGUGCAAGCAGAGAUUAACAAGUGAACAAGUUUUGAUAAACCUUUUUUUGUUUGUGGUAGUUCCUCGUUUGGGACAAUAUAAUUUCCACCUAUUUUUUUUUUUUUUUUAAAAAUAAAAUUACUCAGAAUAAUUAGUUUUUUACAAUGUAGGAAUGAAAAUUGAAAAAUACUAGGCCUUAUUAGAAAGCUACAGAAGUAUGGCCAUGCUAUUGUAUUUACGGCAGUAUGUCAUUCGAUUAUUUUUAAAUCUUUAUCAGUUCAAACUUUUAGAUAUUUUUCUUGCAA